AUUGAAGGUCCCAAAUCCCCUUUUUAUUGACUCGUAAUGGCGAAAUUGAUUUUCUCUUCAUUUCCUCUCUGUUUCGUUUUGCUGUUCUCAAUUUCUCUGAAUUUGAUUCUUAGUUCUUCGGCAAUGUCCGCUCAAUCGGUUGAUUCCGCGUCCGCUUCUCCGGCGGUGCAUAUCGUUUACAUGGAGAAGCCCCGCGAUGAGGAACCGGAGGCCUACCACAUCCGAACCCUAGCUUCUGUUCUCGGCAGUGAAGAGGCUGCUAGAGAGGCGCUUGUGUAUAGUUACAAGAAUGCUGCCAGUGGCUUCUCUGCUAAGCUUACUCCUAAUCAGGUCGCGGAGGUUUCCAAACAAGAAGGAGUUUUACAGGUUGUCCCAAGCCGUACUUAUCAGCUGCAUUCAGGACCUGCCGGCCUUCACUAGAAGACCAUCGAAACACUUUCCCUGCAAAUAUGGCUCUUUCCAGCACUUUGAAAGUGCGUACCUAAAUAAAGUGUACUUUGAGUACCUUGUGCUUUCUUGAUAAUCACAUAUCUAUUUGCUAUUCUAUGUCACUCAUGCAUCUAUCUUCUAAAUGGACCUAUAAUAUUGGUGCCCAAUGCUUUUCUAA